CCUAUCUCUAUACCCAUGCAUAACAAGACAGUUACACAGAAGUACAAAAGAAUCAAGGACAACGCUCGUCCAGGCCUCUAAACCCACUUGCUGGGGCCUUGCCAGGCCGCCCUUGGUUAACCGCCAUGAAACUGGUUGUUUAGCCAAUUUUAAAAGCUGCUGCGAGCACCCGAUGUUUAAGAAGCUGUUGAAAAAGAUUAAGAAUAGCGUCAAGAAGAGCUCACACUCCAACAGCCCAAAGACGGCAGUGCAGGGACUUGGUGAGCCCGGUGGUGUCGACGUGGUAAAGCCCACCAGGCCUCCGGUCCCAGCAAUAGCCAGCAGCAACGAAAUGGCAGCUCCAGUGGAGGAGACCGCAAAGAGCACAAAGCCAGUUAAGCUUGCUGGCGCAUGCCCUUCAUACGCAGCUAAAUCAGUGGUGGGCCAGCGUAUGACGAUGGAGGACAGUUGGCAGGCGGUGCCCGAUCUCCUUGUAAUUCCCAAAUGGUGGACUUGCAAUGCACGGGAUCACCUUCCUCCUUUGAUACCGCGGCAAGGGGACGCGGCCGUGGAUCCUCAGCCGAAACAGCAGGGACAGGAUGAAGUCAAAGAGCCAGCUAACAGUGGGCCCGAUCCGUCGAUUCAGCCUGCAUCCACUCCUCCUGGGAGACCACAGGACGGAGCAGCAGCGGCGCCAGCAGCGGUUGAAUCUAUAGAUUCCCCGCCUUUGGACCCCAAGCAGCUUGCCGCGACCCACGGCACAGACCCGGUCACAGUGCAUUUCUUUGCAGUUUAUGAUGGCCACGGUGGUGCUGAUGUAGCGAAGCACUGUGCUAAGAGCUUGCAUGAACACCUGAAGGCCGUCGUUACGGCUAGCCUCAAGCCGGAUGGCACUUCAGCAUCAGGGCCCCUGCUGUCGCCUGCGGGCCCGUCCACGUCGGGAAGCGGCCAGGAGACAGGAGCUACUUCAGCGGCACCAGCAGAUCCCCCGGCAGAGCAAUGGCCAGUCCGGGUGGAUGGCAUCGAGGCGGCGCUUAAAUCAGCCUUCUUGCAUACAGACGCCCAGCUGGCACAAACCCGCAGCGCCCACGAGGUCGGCACGACGGCGGUGGUGUCGCUCGUGACUGCGCGGCAUCUGUGGGUUGGAAACUGCGGGGAUUCGCGCGCUCUUCUCUGCAGGGAGCGCGAGGCUGUGGCGUUGAGCUUGGACCACAAAGCGACGCGCGCUGACGAAGUGGCACGUGUGGAGCAGGCGGGGGGCUAUGUGUGGUGGGAUCGUGUGAUGGGUGAGCUGGCUGUGAGCAGGGCCAUUGGCGACCACUGCUUGCGGCCCUUCGUCAUCGCAGAGCCCGAGAUCACCUCUGUGCUGCGCCGCCCGGAGGACCAGCUGCUCAUCAUGGCGAGCGACGGGUUGUGGGACGUGUUCACGAACGAGGAGGCGCGCACGCUGGCUCUGGAGAAGUUCUCUGGCGAGCUGCAGCGCACCUCGAGCAGCAAGAUGGCAGUCAAGAAGGCCGCAAGCUCGCUAGCCAAGGCGGCGCUCGCGAAGGGCAGCCGCGACAACGUGACGGUGGUGGUGGUGGAUGUACGGCUGCACGGAUCCUCCGCACACCGCCACGCAGCGGCAGCAGCAGCGGCGGCGCAUGCAGCUGCGGCCUCUGGCGCCACCGCGGCGGCGGCUGCCGGUAGCGCGGGGUCGUUUGCGCAGGAGGGGCCGGCACGGUGCAACGCGGGGUCGUCGGCGGCUCCGGCGCCCGGUGGCGAGCAGGUGCCGAGAAGGUCGCCCAGCGGUGAUCAGCUGCGGAAGCGCGCAACACCGGAGACGCCUGGGGGAAUGGAGGGUGGGGAUGAGUAGGACUGUAGGAGGGGCGGCAAUAGGGUAGGAAUGGGCCACGGAGCAGAAGAGCUUGGGAUAAGCAAGCGUCUGGGGUGCGCUGUUAAAUUGGAGUUGGGAAGGCGGGAUGUCAAAGACGAUACUAUGUAGGAGGAGGCUAGACGCGUUGAAGCUGCGACGGAUACUGCCCGUUGUGGGUUUGUUGCGUUGCGUUUCCUCACACUUUAAACUACAGUUGCUGGGAUUCUGGGUUUGCUUAUAGCGGGGUAAUCACGAUCGGCACUUCGGCAGGCUGACCCGCGGUCGGGACCCAAAGGAGGUAUGCAAUGAAGCGUAUGACGUUAUGUACAUGCACUUGUUUGAUAUGUGAAGACCGGCCAUUGCGGUUUGGAUCAACGUGUCCUCUCCCGCUCAAGAGAAUGCCUCGAUGCCCCGCCUUUGCAUGCGUGUUUGUCUGGCGUACAUACCAAGGCGUCAGGGUGAUUCCGCAUGGGGGUGCCCUUGUCGCCCGUUUUUGUUUAAGGCUUCUUUCCAAAACGAUCAUGUGGGGUUCGACUUAUUGUUACGCUAACAACGAUAGGAGUAUGUUUUUUGACCUACAUGUACUGCGAGUAUCGAAUGCGGGUGUAGGCGUUUGGGUUGGUGCGGUGUUUGACUGAAACGAAAAGCCCUUCGCGUCGCCGUUGCUUUCUGGACUGUACAUCUUUGGUUUGGUCCAAUCGUUUAGCCGCAUUCCUAAUAACCAAUGGAGAAGAGAGAGCGGAAGGGAGAAGCGCCAUGCAUGCUGUUUGGGGAACUGUUUGGAGGGCUAAUUGAGGAGACCGCAUGGGCCCUAGGUUUUGCAGGCAGGGCAUAUACGCAUGCUGCACGCACGGCGCCUGAUUGGAUGCUUGAGGAAGUUGAAUAGUUUUAUCUUCGUGUGCCGGGUUGCCGCAGUAGCCGCAUGCCGGACACCGUCCCGACAUACGUGUUGUUGCCGGGCUUCCGGUGUGGUACACAGCUGCAUGCUCUUUUCAGCUGCAGCGGGUGUACGGGCACCCCAGACGUACAACACAAGAUAGUACCAUUCCUAUGAUGGCAUGCAUUAGUGUCCUAUUCUCCAUUUUGAAGGUGUUGCCGUCACUCUAUGUUACCGCCUCGGCGCCGGGCUUUUCCUGUCGUGUAGGGCUUAUACAUGGUUGAAACCCAACCCCUUAUUUGGUUUGUACGGACGAUUACAAGGCCCCAGGGGCAGCCACACUGUGCAAAUCGGUCCUCUUUACGGCGUUAAUUACUCGGGUUUGUUGAGCAUGCGACUGGACAGCUGUGCGUUGCAAUGACACGUGAAGAUUGGCUUUGGACUUGCCCCUUCUGGGUGAGCACACCUUUCCGUAAACCAAGCUAAAGCUGCCGUUUGUGUUGCUAGCCGUUCGUGUUAAGUUGUCCUGUAUGUCGUUUUGUUUACACAUGGCGGGUCCAUUGAGCAUGGGACGUGGCGCAGGAGGGGGCGACGUGUUGCCAAUGAGGGAUGUUCGUGCGGAGUGGAGGACCGGCAUCAUUUGGCGCUGGUGCACGGCAUUUGGAAGCGGCGCUUACACUACCCUUGUAACGUUAUGAAAGCGAA